GUACCAGUGCGGUAACCGGGGCCAGCGACUGUCCUGCCCAGGGAACAGUAGCCAGCACGUGAUGAAGCUCAGAUGGCGUUUGAUGCUAGGUCCUUCUGUGAGGACACUGUCCUCAGGUUUCCCCUGACUGUGGCUUUGAGCCCUUUCUCCAAACCUGGUUCCUUGUUACCUUCUGCCUCAAGUCUGGACGUCUUGGCCCUAUGUUCAAGACCCUCUGGCUUCUAGCCCCAGCUCUCCAGCCUCCCCUCUGCUCUAGUCUUCUGGCCAGGCAGCAUGUACAAACUGACCUUUGGUUCCCUCCUCACCUCCGUCCCUUUGACUGCGGGUCAGCCUCCCACCAGCAUUGCGCUCUGUCGCUCUGUCGGAGGCCGCCCUGAACAGGAGCUUUGCGCAUAUCUCUUGUUUGUAAAGAGGUACUGGACUGGCAUUGCACCCACUGCGGUGCAUGUGGGCUUACCUCUGCGGCUACAAGAGGUGCAGCUCUGGGAGUGGGCGUCACCCCAUGGGAGUGAGUUACACCCUCCUGUUUGUUGUAAUAUUACCCCUUGCCCUUUUUUGGAUGGAACAUUCCAUUAAAUGGCUCCCCUCAAUAAAUUGGGCUUUGGAACGUGCUCCAGCGCACUCUCUCUCUCUCCUGCCUCUCGUGUUUUUCUCUUGCCCCCCUUGUGAGAGCUUACAUCUGAAGGGGAGAAGCCGUCUGAAUUGCCCAAGAAAAAGGAGCUGGAGAACCAGUAUGCGCCCAGCAGAUGGGUCAUCCGAAUGGGAGCAGAGGAAGCCCUGAGGACCUAUAAGCAGAUAGGAAUUGAGGCCACUAGGAAAGCCCGUGACACCUGCAGGAGCCAGCUGCAUGUCCCCUAUGGAGAUGGUGACGGGGAGAAAAUGGACAUCUACUUUCCUGACCAGGCAUCUGAAGCCUUGCCUUUCUUCGUGUUUUUUCACGGAGGGUACUGGCAGAGUGGAAGUAAAGACGAAUCUGCCUUCAUGGUCAACCCCCUGACAGCACAGGGAGUGGCUGUGGUGAUAGUGGCAUAUGACAUUGCCCCCAAAGGUACCCUGGACCAGAUGGUAGACCAGGUGGCCCGUAGCGUUGCCUUUGUUGAGAAGCGGUAUCCAAGCAAUAAGGGAAUUUACCUGUGUGGACACUCUGCUGGGGCCCACCUGGCUGCCAUGGUCCUCCUGACCAACUGGACCAAGCAUGGAGUAACACCCAACCUUAGAGGCUUCUUCCUGGUGAGUGGGGUCUAUGACCUGCAGCCCCUCGUGUUCACCUCACAGAAUGCUCCUCUCCUCAUGACCCUGGAAGAUGCUCAGAGGAACAGCCCUCAGCGGCACCUGGAGGUGGCCCGGACACAGCCUGUGGAUCCAGCCUGCCCUGUGCUGGUGGCUGUGGGUCAGCAUGACUCCCCCGAAUUCCACCGCCAGUCCAGGGAGUUUCAACAGGCACUGUGCCGCGGUGGCUGGAGAGCCUCCUUUGAAGAACUGCGUGAUGUGGACCACUUUGAAAUCAUUGAGAACCUAACCCAGAAGGACGAUGCACUCACCCAGCUGGACGAUCAUGACAAGCAGAAGGGAGGAAGAUACACCAAGCCAAUUGACGGCUCCUUUUGGAAAAAUUGUACCACCAAUGACAUCAUCAGCAAAAAUACCCCAACACUACCACAAGUCGCUGCACCAACAGAUAGUUCACAAUGCAUACAGGUGAGCUCACAGUGUGUCCAGGCAAGUUCUGCAAGCAGUUCAGUGAUGGCUAUUGUAGAAGCUGUAGAUUGGUUUUAUCUUUGACUUCACCAGCACUGGGAUGAAGAUAGGAAUUCUGGCAAUAAUGGCUAAAGAAAAAAUUAUGUAACAUUACAGAAGGCACUAAAAGAAAACAAUUUUCUUAACAAUUUACAUUAUCUUUAAGAGAAUUAUUAAAUAUAAUGAAAAGGAAAGGUGAAAGUAAAUAAACAGAUCUGUUAACCUUCUUUUUUGUUUACAUAUUAA